AUGUCGAGCGAAAUGGAAGUCGACCCACCCGUCGCCCAAGACGACAGCAUCGCGGAGCCUGAUCGCGGUGUCGAACCUCGGACCCAAACCGGCGCGGUGGCAGUUCGCAGUAUCGAGGGGUGGAUUCUCAUGGUCACGAAUAUCCACGAAGAAGCUUCAGAGGAAGAUAUCACCGAUCUUUUCGCCGAGCAUGGAGAGAUUAAGAAUUUCACGCUCAGCUUGGACCGACGGACGGGUUAUGUCAAGGGUUACGCCUUGAUCGAAUACUCAACUCUUCCCGAGGCCGCCGAGGCGAUCAAGGAGUUGAAUGGCUCAAAGCUUCUUGAGCAGACAAUCACCGUCGACUAUGCUUUUGUCCGGCCUCCGCCUUCUGGAAAGAACAACAAGAAUCAAAACCAGAAGAGCAUCCGAGGCGCUGCCUCUCGUGGCCGAAGCCGCAGCCCUGAACGCAGCCGUAGUCCCGUGGGCGACAGAGAUUAG